CAAGACCGGAAGUACUGUCCGUCCCAUCAAAACGUCCGCCGGCUCCUCGCCGGUGUUGUGGGGGAGAUGAGGAAGCCAAAGGCCGUAAAAUUAGUUAACUCGGUGUUUUGAAUCGGACCGAAGUUGUGGUUACUUUGGGAAAUUUGGGUCUUUCUUGGGUCAGCUCCUGGGCUCAUCGGUUUUCUUAAAAUACCCAAGCUCUAGUGAUCUCUGCUGGUUCCCGUAACUGUCCAUGGAUUUUUAUGUGAAGUUUACCUCCCUCAGCCAAGGAAGAGACAAAAUUUUCAGAACCACUCAAUAUGCAUGCAUAUUACUUAAUUACUUCAUUCACAAGGAUGGCAGUAAAAAGGAGCUGGCUGCCAAACUUAAACAUCUGGAAUCUAACUUGAGUACAGGACGUAAAUUAUUCCGUUUGGGUAACACAUUGGAUUCAGUGCAGACAGCCAGAAGGAACAUUCAUAUUUCAGAUCCGGUGCUUAGGUUUUGCCUCACAGUCAUUCCCCUCAGUCGGGCUGUGUACUAUAUUUGUGAUAACAUUCUCUGGGCAGGAGCAGCGGGACUGAGUAAUAUCAACAAAGAGAAGUGGAGCAAGCGAUGCAACCAUUACUAUUUCUUCUCACUGAUUGUCAGCCUGGGGAGAGAUAUCUAUGAAGUUGUCCAGCUCGUGAAAGAAGAAGCACUUGCCCAGAGAAGACAACAGAGUAAAUCUAUGACCACCCUGGAAAACAAUCAUGUGCAAAAAGAGUGUAUCUGGAUAGCAAGGAUCAAGGCUAAAGUUUUUCUUGUGCUGCUUUUUCAAUGCCUUAGGAAUAAUCCUCCUGUAUUGCUUGACAUUGUUAAAAACCUUUGUGACCUCACCCUCCCACUAGACAAACUUGGCAUCUGCAAAACCAGUGCUGCUGUAGUGGGUUUAUGUGGCCUUCUUUCCUCUAUUCUUUCAAUUCUGACUUUGACACAUCCAGUACUGAAGUUGAGACCAUGAAUAAAUAUCCAGUAAUAAGAAUUGUAUUAUUUCUCUGAUAAAAUUGAGAGAAUUUCUGAAAUGGAAACAGCAUUUUCAGUCUGUAUCUUCAGAUUCAUAAGAUAUAUUGGUGAAUUUUAAUAUUUUGACAAAUUCAACUGUUUUUUUUGAAUCUUUUGAGUUAGAUUGGUUAAUACAAUGAUUUCCAUUGAGGAUUAUUCCCAUGAACUUGGAACAAUCUCCCAUUUUGCUUCCCUAGAUAAACAUAUCUAUUGUGUUCAUGUGGAACCAAGCUCAAGUUAGCAAAAUGCCAUUUGGGUACUAAAACCUGGAAAAUACAGCAAUCUGUUUCUUUGAUCUGUGAGGGGAAAUUUACUGACUGCCUGAUCUUGCUAUUCUGCUUUAUCGAUAUUUUAUUUCUCAUUCUUAUCCCAACAGAAUAAAUGGGAAGAAAAAGAAAAAAAUUUAAUUGACAUCUUAUAACAAGACAUUAGUCUGGAAAUUAUUACUUAAAGGAAGGGGGAAAGUGGGAACAAAUACCAGGCACUCUAGCAUUCUGAAAUGGUAAUGCAUAAUUGUUAUCAACAGUAGCAUUGCAAUAAAUUACAAUGUUUUGGAGAUAAAUCUCUGAAAUUGAAAGCAUAGUAACUUAGUUUCAUUUCUAGCGCUGUUAGUAAUAGAAGGGAAGAGCACUUCAUGUAAUUUGUUUCAGGCCACUUGAGAAAACAAUGUAUUUUUGUCAGACAACCACUAUUCCAGACUGAAAUCUCUCUGAAUUUUUACCUUUGCAAAGAAUAUUUUUAACUUCUAAUGUUUCAGGUGCCCUGUGCUAUUUGCCCAGGUAUUGAGCCAUAUAGACCAGGAGGUCCUAUAUUCAGUUUUGUGACCUUGCUUAUCUGAGGACUAGUUCUGUAAGUAUUCCCACUUUUACCUAAAACUUUUUUUUCAGGAUUAAAUUUUAUAUUAAUCUGAGUUGACAUUUUAUGGACAUUGGGGAAGGUCCCUUCAGUGAUGCCCUUCAUAGGCAAGUAACUUUAGGGAAAUGGCAAUUUGAACUGAAUAAGGCCACAAAUAUGGUGAGCUUGAACUUUAUAAAACCUCAUUGUCUCUUUGUAUAUUCCUUGUGUAAGUUAUUAUGUAACAAUUACUAUUACAUUUUUCUGUUAGAAAACAGGAUCCAAUAUUUUAAAGGUCUCAGUAAAAUGUAACUGAGAAAGUGCCUAUUACCUACAAAUGAAGCAACUUCAGAACAAUAACAAGUUGUUGGAUAAUGAGUUACUUAACUCUGAGCUCUUCUCAUCAAUUUGUAAAAAGCUUUUUGAAAAUCCAAAACUACAGGUCUCUCUUGAGACAAAAUACAUCUGAAGUUAGAAUAUUCAUAAACUGUCUAAUGAUGAACCUCUGUUUACUGAAAGCCUAUGCAAAUAAAGCCAGUAUGUUUUGCAUUUAUUGAGGCUUCAAAAGAAUGUUAACAUUUUUUUAACUAGGAACUGCUCCUGGACAUGAUGCAGCUCAGGAAUGCUGCAUGUUAUACCAUUAAGACUAACUAUGCAAUACACAUUCUAGUCUAGCAAGGUAGGAUAUCGAGUUUUAUCUAACAAAGAGUGGUGAUUUCUGUAUCCUAAAUUAGGAAAGAACAAAUGUUCUACAUUGCUGCAAACCAGUGCUCCUAUACUUGAACUGAAUAAUUUAACUGUUCUGUUUGUGAGUUCUAAUAAAGUAAUGUUACAAACUUUGUGCAAAGUUUAAUUUCUGUUAUAUAUGCAUUCA